AUGAAACCAGUUGAGCCCUCAAACACCGUAGCCGAUCAUGGCGAUGUUCACAAAUUGUCCGUCGAGAACAUCGAGGACUUCAAGGAACAAGUUGUGGUGAACGGGGAUUACGCGGGUGCUGCAGCAAAGACCGAUCCUGUAGAGAUUGCGCUUGUCAAGAAGCUGGACUGGCGCAUCAUGCCUAUUCUUUGUACCAUGUACUUUCUCAACUACGUCGACCGCAAUGCGUUGGCGCAGGCCCGUCUCAACGAUCUCGAAGAAGAUCUCAAUAUGACAGGGACUCAAUUCAAUACCACUAUCAGCAUCCUUUUUGUGGGUUAUGUUCUGAUGCAGAUACCGUCCAACAUGAUGAUAACCAGAAUUCGUCCUGGCUUGUACAUGAGCAGCUGGAUGUUGGUUUGGGCGGCCGUCUCUGGAUGCACUUCGCUUGUUCAAAGCUACGGCGGCCUUGUCGCUGCAAGAUUCUUCUUAGGCAUAACAGAGGCACCGUUCUAUCCUGGCGCCACAUACGUCCUUUCUACAUUUUACACUCGAAAAGAGGUCGCUGCACGAAUCGCUCUUCUUUAUUGCGCCCAGAUUCUCGCAACUGGCUUCUCGGGCUUAAUUGCGGCCGGAAUCUUCGCAGGUCUGGAUGGGUCACACGGCCUCGCUGGCUGGAGGUGGCUCUUCAUCAUCGAAGGGGUCGCCACUGCUGUGGUGGCAUUGGUAGGCUUUUGGCUUUUGCCAGACACUCCACUAACCACUCGCUGGUUGAAGCCUGAGGAACGCGAAUUGGCCCACAGCCGGAUGGAACGUGAUAGAGUGGGUGAUCAAGGCGAAUCUUCCGCUAUGGACGGUCUCAAGCAGGCUUGCAAAGAUCCCAAGACGUGGAUCUUCUGUCUCAUGCAGAACUUCCAUCUGUCAGCUUGCUCUUUCAACUCUUUCUUUCCCACUGUUGUCAAGACCCUUGGCUUCAGCACGACAGUUACAUUGGUGAUGACUUGCCCACCAUUCCUCUUCGCCGGUGCAGCGGGUAUUCUCUUUGGGUGGUCGUCUGGUCGCUAUCACGAACGCACUUGGCACAUCACGACCGGCCUCUUUAUUGCAAUUGUUGGAUUCGUGAUCGCUGCAUCAACUCUAAAUACUGCAGGUCGAUACAUCGCAUGCUUCAUCUUCCCAGUCGGCGCGUACGCGGUUAACAGCGUUAUCAUUGGCUGGGCAUCUUCUACUUUGGCGCAGACCAAAGAGAAGAAAGCUGUUGUGCUGGCAAUGACCAACGUCGGCGGUCAAAUCGGUUACAUCUAUGGCGCCUACCUUUGGCCCAAGGGAGACAGCCCAAGAUAUGGAAUCGGUUUUGGUGCGAGCGCUGGUUUCGCUCUUUGCAGCAUCGGCUGUGCCUGGUGGAUGCGGAUUCUGUUGAAGCGUGAGAAUGCUAGGAUCAAGCAGAGCACCACCGAGAAUGUCAACCUCUACGGCUACUAG